UUGCUUUUUCAGGGGAAUUCAACGCCUGAGGAUAUAUUUGGAAGACGACUGAUCAUGAGAUUUUACUUCAUUCUUCUGCUUUCCUCAACAAUAUCCUGCACUUCUGAAUUGGACGUUGUUCAGCAAGAUUUAAAAAUAGUUCAGUCUGGAGAAGAUGUGAACUUAACCUGCUACUUUUCAGAGUUUAUGGAAUCAACAGCAUGGUUUAAACAGACGGCUAAAGGAAAAUCUUCAAAGAUUGUGUCUAUACACUAUAAACAACCCAACUGGAAUAAGGACUUCGAGAAAAUGAAUCGUUUUAAUGUUACCAAAGGUGAUCGUCAUUUUAAUCUGAUCAUUUUACAGACAAAGCCUUCAGACUCAGCAACAUAUUACUGUGUCGUCGCAUCAAAUUGGAAGAGUGGAAUGGGCGCAGGCACUAGAUUACUCAUCAGAGAUGCAGCCGUAGGACACACAACUGUUCAGCAGUCUUUGAUAGACACGCUUCACCAAGGGGAUUCGGUGAAUUUGCAGUGCAGCGUCUUCAGUGAGAGUUGUGCUGGAGAACACAGCGUCUACUGGUUCAGACAAAGCUUGGGAGACUCUCAAGGAGUCCUUUACACCAAAGGAGAGAGAAAUGGUCAGUGUAAGAACAGCAAUGACUCUCAAACACAGAGCUGCGUCUACAAUCUCCUCAAGAGCAACAUCAGUGACUCUGACGCUGGGAUUUACUACUGCGCUGUGGCUGCAUGUGGAGAGAUACUGUUCGGAAAAGGAACUCAACUAAAUAUUAAAGUCUGCUCCUCUGAUGAGUCCUCUAAUGUGGAUGUUGUUCAGGAAGAUGUAAAAGUAGUUCGAGCUGGAGAGGAUGUGAAUCUUACUUGCAGCUUUUCAACGCUUCUGCAAUCAACAAGAGCAUGGUUUAAACGGGCAUCCAAUGGAAAAUCCAUACAAAUUGUGUCUUUAUAUUUAAAUCAACAACCCAGCUGGAAUAAGGACUUUGAGAAAAUGAAUCGUUUUAAUAUUACCAAAGGAGAUGAUCAUUUUAAUCUGACCAUUUUACAGACAAAGCCUUCAGACUCUGCAACAUAUUAUUGUGUCGUCUCAUCAUAUUACACUAUUGGAAUGGGUGCAGGCACUAGAUUAUUUUUUAAAGCUGGACACACAACUGUUCAGCAGUCUUUGAUAGACACGCUUCAUCCAGGGGAUUCAGUGAAUUUGCAGUGCAGCGUCUUCAGUGAGAGUUGUGCUGGAGAACACAGCGUCUACUGGUUCAGACAAAGCUUGGGAGACUCUCAAGGAGUCCUUUACACCAAAGGAGAGAGAAAUGGUCAGUGUAAGAACAGCAAUGAGUCUCAAACACAGAGCUGCGUCUACAAUCUCCUCAAGAGCAACAUCAGUGACUCUGACGCUGGGAUUUACUACUGCGCUGUGGCCGCAUGUGGAGAGAUACUGUUUGGAGAAGGAAAUCAACUUAAUUUUAGAGAGAGUGGCGGUGUGAAUCCAUCUCUUCUUGCUCUUGGAAUUUCAAACAUUAUAUUGUUUGCUCUUGUUGUAUUUUUGGGAAUAAAACUACUCAGGAGUCAGAUAAAAGUGCUCAAACCUCAAGAGAAUCAAAACGAAGACAGCAUGAAUUACGCAGCCAUUAGCUUUGGUCAAAAACCUCUGAACACUAGAAGGACCAAAUCAAAAGUCAUUCAGGAGCAGUCUCUGUACGCUCAGGUCAGAUCACAGCAGUAACAUACAGAGGUUUAGUGGAGCAUUUCACUUCGACACAAAUAUUUUCAUCAUCUUAUAAGAUCAAUUUAAAUCAAUUUGUCAGAAUAAUUUUGGUAACUUCUACAUUUUAUGAGUUGACUGUUGUCCUCGGAAAAUUAAACCUCGAGUAUUGUCUGAUAAUUUUUACCGCAAUGAAAUUGUGAAAACUACAAGAUGAUAGCUAAUGUCACUCAGUCUCCAUAUUUGAAUGUCUUUAAGUGUUAUUAUGGCUUUGUACUGUGUAUUGUUAGAUGCAUUUAUUUGGCAUAGUAAGGAUCAUUUUGGGUAAAGAAAGGUAAUUUGUGUUUGUGCAUUGAUUUUAUGUGGAUUAAUAAAUUGUAUGUUGUUAGACUCUGUGUCAUUUCAGGUCAACUUUGGAACUUGUGAAAUGUUCAUUUUUACAGUUUCCUUGUGAAUCACAUAUUAAUUGCAUAGUAGCCUAUCUGCCUAUGCUUCAUUUGCAACUACUAAAUUAAAUGUAUGUGUGUAAUGUGCAUUUGUUAAAAUGUGUUUGUGUGUAAUGUUGUUAUUAUUCUGUUAACUCAAAUGGUGGAACCUGGUGCUUGUAUAAGAUACUUCCCUUUAAAAAGGACUAGUGCACAUUUAGUUGGUCUUUAAUAAGAAUUUUAAAGGGAUAGUUCACCCAAAAAUGAAAUCCUGUCAUCACUUAAGGCCCUUUCACGUGGGAUGUGACAAGCGAUGGAAUCACUACGCGGCUGCCGCUUUCGCUUCUAGUGGAAGCGUUUUGUGCAGUUGAGGCGGUGCUUGCAUUGUGAAAUUGCCUUGGCAUUUGGCUUGCUUAGUAGGUACAUUUAAUAUUUAAUUAUAUUAUUGAUUGGCCUUAAGGUGGACAAUGACG